GCUUCUCAAAUAAGUCAGUAACUAUACUGACCAAAGCAUCAGUUGAUUUUAGUUAGUUGUUGGAGCUUAAUCGUCUUGAGAAGAAUAUUUGAAAUCCCAGCAUGGAAUUAAAAGAAAGUGAACAAUUUAUUGAAGAUAAAAAUAUAACUUUUAUUACAAGCAAACCGAAGCAGAAACCUAAAGAACAAUGGGGAAAUGAGAUUGAAUUCCUAUUUUCGUGCAUUUCACUAUCCGUUGGGCUUGGUAACAUUUGGAGGUUUCCUUUUGUUGCUUUUCAAAACGGUGGGGGUACCUUCGUAAUUCCGUAUUUGAUAGUCCUGUUGAUUAUUGGAAGACCAGUCUAUUACCUCGAGGUAUUGAUUGGACAGUUUUCAGGAAGAGGUGUUGUUAAAGCGUUUGCAUUUGCUCCAGUUCUUAAAGGGGUAGCUGCUGGUCAGAUUCUAGCAACAGGAGUAUCCAUAACCUACUACUCUAGUAUUAUGGCCCUAACACUCCGUUUUCUUGUGGCAUCGUUUUCAAGCAUCUUGCCCUGGAGCUACUGUCGAGAAGAAUGGGGUGAUAAAUGUUUAGGUGGAUCUGCUAAUAACUCGAACUCUACCAAGAUGUCAUCUGCUGAAUUGUACUUUCAGAAAAUAAUUCUUAAAGAAAAAGAUUCAAUAAUCGAUGGAAUAGGAUAUCCAAAUAUGGAGCUAGUCACUUGUUUGGCAAUUGCUUGGAUAAUCAUUGGGACAGUACUUAUUCGCGGGGUUAAAAGUUCGGGGAAAGUUUCAUACUUCCUUGGAAGUUUUCCAUAUGUGGUUCUGCUUGUUCUUUUGAUGCGUGCAGCAACAUUACCAGGAGCUAUGGAUGGAAUAAUUUACUUUUUCAAGCCUCAAUGGAGUGAACUACUAAACCCACUUGUUUGGUAUGCCGCGGUGACUCAAGUUUUCUUCUCACUGGCAAUUUGUUUUGGAACAUUAAUAACCUACGCUUCAUAUAACAACUUUAAUAGAAAUGUAUCUAAGGACAUUAUCAUAAUCACAACUAUGGACUCAUGCUCAUCACUGAUAGCAGGCUGCAUAACUUUUGGUAUACUAGGAAACCUUGCAUAUAAAACGGAAAAUAGUGACAUAGCCUCAGUUGUUAAGGGCGGCGCCGGACUUGCAUUCAUAUCAUACCCUGAUGCAAUUUCUAAAUUUGAGCUCAUGCCACAGGCCUUUGCAGUUCUUUUCUUCUUGAUGUUAUUCGUCCUUGGCAUUGGCAGCACCGUUGGAAUGGGUUCGUGUAUUAUUAGAGUAAUUCGGGAUCAGUUUUGUAGUCUACCAAAUUGGCCAGUUGCCUUGGCUUUAGCAGUUGUUGGAUUUUGUAUAAGCAUCGUUUAUACUACACCUGGAGGUCAGUUUAUUUUGAAUCUUGUAGACUUCUAUGGGGUAUCCUUGCCUGCUUUGUUUCUUGCAAUCGGGGAGCUUUUGGCAGUGGGAUGGGUAUAUGGGGUAAAACGUUUCUGCGAGGAUAUACAGUUUAUGGUUGGACAAAAAACUGGCAUUUAUUGGCGUGUGUGUUGGGGUGUGAUAACUCCGGGCUUGAUGAUAUCGGUGCUUAUAUACACAUUGAUUGUUUUCAAGCCCAUAACUUACAAAGAUGUGGAAUAUCCUUUGAAUGCUCACAUAAUCGGUUGGAUAAUGGCGUUAUUUGCAUUAAUACAAAUUCCAGCUUGGAUUCUUUAUGGACUACUUAAACAACCAAAGGGAAAUUGGUCUCAUAUAAUGAAGCCCGAUAAAACGUGGGGACCUUUGGAAAGCGAAGUUUUUCAAGAAUAUACAUCUUAUAGAAGAACGAUCAAUGAACCUAGACCAAAUCGGAGUUUAUUUAGAAAAAUAUUUGAUAAUAUUUUUACAUAAACCGUAUUUUCAAAGAAAGAAGUUUUAAAGUUAAUUAAAAUAUAAAAUUAUUUUUUUAUUUUCAUUUUGAUUAAUUACACAGUUACAAUGUUUGUUUUAAUAUAUAAUAUAGCACUUACAAAUCCAAUAAUACACUGUACAAAUAUUGAUACAAUUUUCAUCUUCA